AUGAAUCAGGAAGAAAAAGAAAUUAUAGGUAGUAUUUGCAAAGAGUAUAAAGAUAUAUUUUAUUGUGAGGAUAUUCCACUGUCAUUCACAAAUGAAGUUAAACACCAAAUUAGAACUAAAAACGAAGAUCCUAUUCACAUAAAAGCACGAAGAGCACCUCCUGCUCAAACAGCCGAAAUUAGAAAUCAAGUAGAAAAGUUGUUAAAAGAUAAUGUUAUUGAAAAAUCAUUCUCACCUUGGAGUGCACCAGUACAUUUGGUACCCAAGAAGAUAGAUAACUCAGGAAAGCAAAAAUGGCGUAUGGUCAUUGACUAUAGGCGGUUAAAUGAUAUAACAGUUGAUGACAAAUAUCCAUUACCGAAUAUUAAUGAUUUAUUUGAUAUGUUAGGUAACAGCAUGUACUUUACCACUCUUGAUUUAGCUAGUGGGUACCACCAACUAGAAGUAGAAGAAGCUGAUAAAAUGAAAACAGCGUUCAGUACACCUUUUGGACAUUAUCAGUUUAACCGUAUGCCCUUUGGCCUCAAAACAGCUCCUGCAACAUUUCAGCGAGCCAUGGACAAUGUCUUAAGAGGUCUGCAAGACUCAGGAAACGUAUUUAAUAUAGACAGAGAUAAACAUUUCUUACAAAAACUAGUACAAGAUCAUAGAAAAAGGUUAAAAGUUUUAUACGAGUAUAUAAGCGAAAAAUUAGAAACGGACAAAAUUAAAGUUAGAGAAAAGAAAGGUGGAGAAAUACCAAUACCAGAAAUAAAGGACGAAGAUGACGUUUAUAUGAAAACCACUAGAACUAGAAAAGCAAAAGAAUUACCGCGUUACGAAAAAGCUAAAGUUUCAGGAAAAGUUACUAGGAAUAUAGUACCAGUAGAUUUUAAGAAAAGAAAAACUAAAGUAGCUAUUAAGAAUAUUAAACGACCUCCGCAGGUGGCAGGUUGCAGUCGGAAUACUUGUGGGACUAGCGGGAAGAGUAUGCAGCCUAAAUCUGCAAAAUCUCAGCCACAAUCCAGGGAUAGCACCAAUUCGGAUGGGAUCAGCAUGAAUGGAUUAAAAUACAUACCCGUAGCUAGCUCCUGUGAAGAAAUAGAAGAUAACCAAUACCUCUGCAAAGAUACAAGCACGGUACCCUAUUCUCCUACAACAUGCAUUGAACAAAUAAUGCUCACAAAAGACGACUAUUCAGAAUGCUUCAAGAAACCAAUCAUACUGGAAAGCACGAAGAUACAAAAAGUAGCUGAUGAUACCUGGUUGUUAUACUCUACGAUUGACAUUCCCUUGACUGAGAGCUGUGGAGCAGAAAUCCAACAACACUUCGUAAAAGGAACUUACAUCGUCACACCAAGUCGAAACUGUACUACUCGCAUCAGAGAAGAAAUUAUAAAACCAUUUCAAACUAAAACACCCACAUCAGAUGUUUUAAGAAUGAGAGCGAUCCAGAUUCCUGAAAGCCACGCUGAAAUCAAGAAAGAAAUAAAACAAUCAGAUCUUCGCAACAUAGACUUAACGGAUAUCAAAAGUUUACUAAAUAGUGCAAAGUAUACCAUUGAAAGUAAUAAUGAUAGUGGACAGAUAGACAUUACAACAGAUAUAAGUGUAUGGACAUUAACCGUAAUAGCUGUAUUAAUUUUAAUAGGAAUUAUUGUUUCUUUAAAAAUAUUCAACGACUUCAUCGUCUCAAAACGAAAUCAUCCCCAAUCACCUGCUGUACAAACCCCAGAUGAUUUCGCUCUUAGGGAGGGAGGAAUGACCCGCCACACACACACUCUGGUCUGCCUAGUGGUACUCCUGGCUGUGACGUCAUCGGAGAAAGAACAAACAAGAUGGUCAAGACAGAUCAGCUCCUACACAGCAGACAUCAGCGACUGGGUGCCGUUACCAGGACCGGUACACAGGGAACCACCACAGCCCAAAAUAAACACACCAAUCAAGAGGCAAGCCGUUGCUGAACCAAGAAUACUCACGGAACCCUUUCCAGGCUUCGCCAGACCGACUGGCUUCGGUCAAGACACAUUCCCUUCAAGAACUUAUUUCAAUUCACCAGCUAACCAACAGCUUUAUCUGCAAUCUGUGCCAUCGGCUCCACAAAACUUCCUAACAGACCAAGGCUUUGGACAAAAUAUCAGAUUUGGCCUCAGUCAACCAAACUACCCCCUGAAUCAAGGAUUUGCGGCACCUCAGUAUUCUUUCGAGAAUCCACCACCAGUUAAAUCAAGGCCGCCAUCUUCGCCCUCGAAUCCCAUCAAGUUCGAAACAUACCCUAAACAAAGUAUCGCAGCUUCAAUUCCACAAUUAAAGCCUUUCGUUAAUCAAGUUCAAAAGAUAAAACCUGAAGAAGCUAAAUACCUAGACGAAAGUAACUCUAAUAGAAAGAAGGCACAAUCACUUCAGAAACUCAAGUUUGACACGUUUGAGAAAUUGCCCAAAACGGAACCAAUUCCACCGAAGCCAAAAACUCAAAAAGAAGAAGUUCAGUUACUAUAUGUGCCGCUAGAGUCAUUAAAUCGAGGACAGUUCAACUUCCGAGGUCCAAUAGCUACUCCCCAAAUACUCAACCCUGACCUUUAUACGCAAGGACUUCCUAAGAUUGACCCAUUAAAGCAGCCAUUCACCACAGAUUUUCAGAGACCAGUCACAAAACCCAUCGAGAACUUUGGAUCUGCCGGACAAGACUACUAUGGCAACUUUGACUCUUUGAAAGACUAUGACCAAGUACCGAAAUUCUCUACUCUAUCAUCACCGUUCCCUACUACAUCACCAACCACACCCAAACCAAAGAAAUUAAAACCGCAUCAACCACCGCUAGCUAUCUUCCAAGAAGCAAAGCCGAAUACCCAAACCAAAGUGGGAGAUGUAUUGUCUUCACUGAAGAAUGCCGAUACUAUUGCGGUUCUAGAUACUGUCAAUCCUCUUAACUCACCUAAGGUAUUCAUCGGACCGUCUUCACUAACACCACCUGAGGGCUUCGUAAAGUUUGAAUUACCAUAUUUAUCAAACAUAGAAAAUAGUGAUAAAAAGUUAAGACAACUUCCAUUUUUCGUGGCACCGUUGAGCUACAAUACGCCUAAUGGUUUUGCCAAGAUUCCAUUCCCAUCCCCUCAUGUUGGAUCUGUAGUUAUAAACUCUCUGAUUAAGGACAGUCCACCAAGUUACCAAAAUCAACAAUCACACUCUACGCCUCCAGCGUUCUCUCCCCCAUCAGUGAAUGUUGCAUACAAAGACCAACCCUUUUAUAAACCAGAACACAAACCUGUAACGCAGAAGCCUAAUGUAAACUAUUAUAGCACAUUGGCUCCUAAGACAAAUGCCCCACUAAACCAACAAUCUACAUAUUAUUCCUUUGAACCCCAGACAGUUACUUCUUUGGCACCUCAAUUAUCAACAUUAAAACCUAGCCCGCAAAAAGGAAACUACUUUUUAUCAAAUGUAAAUAGUGACGUUUACAAUCCUUCGCAAUAUGUAAAUAAUUUCCCUGUUCAAGACGACUAUAGGAACCAAGCACCGGUCAAGCCAAUUUCCAAUCCAGAAACGUCAACAACUCUAAGGACUACUACAACCACCACAACUCCUAAACCCUCUACAUACUCUAGCCAACUUUUGGAAACCCACAACCCAUACUCAAUCAAUCAAGCUUUCCACUUCAGUACGCCAUUAGAUUAUCAUAAUUAUUUCGAUGAAUUCAAAGAGACCUAUGCCCCACCAGGGGUGAGCCUUGAAGUACCCAAAGCUUCAACAAUACCUGUAAGCUCUACUCCUAUCCCCGCGAGACCACAUGAAGUUGUAACAGAGAAACCACGACAACAAACAUCACCGAACUAUGCACAAAAUUACUCACCAGAAAUUCAAUAUGAAUCUGAACAAGGUUCUCGUUAUCCUGUGUAUAAUACGAAUGACUAUACCAGCAAUACGGAAUUAAACUUAGCACCACAGCAACCGAAUAGUGUGGAAAAUGUUCAGCCAAUAUUACAACCAAGCUAUGACAAUCUUACGGAAACGAUUAUUAAUAGAAUAACAGGACCUUCAUCAGAGAUUGAUAGCUCUAAGGUUUACGAGCAAUACGAGACGAGUUACGCUUCUAAUGAUCUCUCGAGUUCGACAUCAUCAACUAGCACUACCACAACUACGACCAGACGGCCACCGAUAAGGAGUAGGGGCAGACCUAGAUACACGACGGCUAAGCCGGACUCCAACGAAUCAACAACCAGAGCAACAUACACACGCAAACCAAUAAGAGAACGGCGUCCACUACCAACAAGAUCUAGGUAUGAACCAAACAAAAUAUCAACUGAGAAGACCACCAGAAAAACUGCAGACUCCAAUGAAAGUACUACAAAAUCAACUAGAUCUAGAACCCGAGGACGUAUCCAGUACAAGCCUUCUGAUAACGAUGAGUACUACGAUAAGAAAAACAAAGGACAGAACAAAAAAGAAGAAGAUCUCGCAUAUCAGAGAGAUAUCCUGCACCAGAAUUAUCCAGUAACUCUAAUGGAAAGAACAAGUACUGUUGAUAUAGAAGCUAUUACUGAACCUUCUCCUAGAAUAUCCUCAACAAAAACUUUGGACGCAGCAACAGAUUCAUAUGACACAUAUGAUACUGAGAACGCAUAUGCACAUGAGUCUGCUGCGAUCAGUCAUUUAGGAAAUUCGGAACUGCGAGAUGAAAUACCUAAUUACACUUCAAGAGUAGAAACGCAAUAUGAAGACGUCGCUAUUCCUAAAUAUUCUACUAGAAAUGAAGAAUUAUAUCAAUCUAGAAGCAGUGCCGCACCGACGCAGUCAGUAGCAACUCAUGAAGAAUCAAUGGAGAAACAGGAAGACUUUCCAAGACAUACUACAAUCCAAAGAGUAGAAAAGCCCAGUGUUUCACCUUAUUCUACAGAACAACUUAAUGUUAACACGGAACAACCUAGUUACUCUUUGAAUAUCGAACGUAAUCCUAGCCAAGAAGAUGCUACAACAAACCAAGACUCAGAAGUAUCUAAAGUUGAACCUCAAGAAGAUACCAUCGAAGAAAAGCCAGAGGAAAAUGUUGUCCAAACUACACCAUCGUACAAUCGCGUGCGCGUACGACCUGGAGUAAUUAGGCAAUAUCAUCAAGCCUCUUCUACGGAAAGCUCUAAAACCAAAACUGACAGACGACGACCAGUUCAAGCUAUUACAUACAGACCAGCGUUUGAUAAGCGACGAACAACUAUGAGGAUUGAUGAAAUAGAGGCUGACCUAAAAACGAAACAAAUUCAUUCCCGCCCUGAAGUUCAGGACUAUAGACACCCCGUAUACAAGCCAGACUCAAAUACUGAAAUUUCUACGACAUCUACUACACAAGAGACUACAAAGCGUGGUCAAUUUAGACGUCGUAGGCCUACAUACACAACAACAUCCACAGAGGCUGCCAGCACCAAAAAAAAUUACGAAGUAAAGAAUCGAUUUAGGGGUCGUCGGCCAACUGUUGAAAAACCAAGUGAGAAACUAGACGUUCAGACCGAAGCAACAACUACUACCGUCAGACAUACACCUUAUAGCAGGUAUAGCCACAGGCCAAGACUAUCAGAGAGAUACAAUAAGAAACCAGAACCAGAAAAUAAUGAUUCUGAGGAUCAAGAUUCAAACUAUUCUAUCAACAGGCCAAAAUAUGUUGCACCAGAGAAUGAACAAUGGUCUCCCAAAAUCACAUCCGAAUCUUUCAAACCGUUUAAUCCUAACGACAUUUUAGAUGAAGCCAAAUUGGCUACAACAGAGCGGAGAUCAGAUAGGGUAGAGGAAGGCGAACUAGACAUAAUCACAGCAAGAAAUGACUACGAUGAUAUUCUUAUUUCCGUUACACCGGCAACAAACAACAGGAGUGUGAAAAAAAUACCCGACAUCCCACCUACUUUAGAGGCUUUAGUAGAACAAAGCAAAACAACGAACAGUGAUUCCACUGAUAAUAUGUCUACUUUUGAAACUAUGUUAGAAGAAGUAAUGAAAAGUUUAGAGGAACAGGAUAAAGAUGAAUACACAUCAAAUGUUAUGAAACAUAAAGGUGGUGAAAUCGGAGAAAUACCUCCUGAGAAAAUUAUUUCUUCUGAUGAUACAGAUCCAAAGGCGACUUCAGCACAAGACCAAGAGGUGACUACAACUGAACCUGCGGCUGAGGAUGCCACAAAAAUAAAUGAGGAUCAACAGAAAGGUCCCAAAGGCCGCCGCCGUGGUUUCUGGAAGAAGGUCAAAGUUCGUCCUAUGAACGCAGAGUCUAUAGAAGUUGCUGAAUCCCAGUACUAUUCGAAUACUGUGAAUAGACUGGGUGAAUCAAUCAAAGACAGCAUACAUGACAAAUCGGAAAAACAAAAUAAGCCUAGGAUUUCCGUAACGACAUACAAACCAAACUUCCAAUUCAUUAAAAAUAUUUUAGAAUCUGAAGAUUUAUCUUUCCCUGAAGCUAGUUCAAUAACGGAUAUUGAUAUCCCUAAAGUAACACAGAGUGUAUCUACCAAGAAUAAUCUAGAUAAUGAAGAAACAAAGAAAACAACGGCUGUGGGUGAAGUAACAACGGAGAAGGUAACAAGCCUAGGUGAUGAAGAUCUCGGCACCGGAUCUCCUGAUUCUACUAUGAUGGACAAUAUGUAUUACAGUACACCUACUGAACCGACAGCGAGUGAUAAUAUGUUUGGUAUGUUAAAUAAAGCAGACAGCUUUAGCUUAAUGGACUAUCUUUUCGGCUCAACUUCAAGCGAUCAUGUCAGUCAAAAAGACAAUAGUAAUGAAACAACUACCGAAGAUUCUAAAAAGACUACAGCUGUUGAUAAUUCCGAAACUACGACUGAACAGAUCAAGUCCAAGAUUGUGACGACAGAAACUUCAUACAUACCUGAAGAAAUUACAAGCAUACCUUCAGAAGAAAGCAAUACUGAGUCUCUUGAAAAAUUUGAUGACAUUAAAAAAGUAAUUGAAAAAGAAAACAGUAAUACAACAGUAACAGAGGUACCGUCUGAAGCUACGUCCUCGGAAUCCAGUUUCAUGAAUCCAUCUAACGUUGUCAGCACUUCUAUGUCUACAGAAAUUUCUCAUGAAACAGAAAUUUGCUUCAGAGGCAAGUGCAUAAAAACUAGCAAAGAUAUUUUAUAAAAGAAAAUAGUGCUAAAAAGACUUGUGUUCAAAGUGAAAGACAUUAGAUAAGUGAUGUGAAAAUUACGACUUUCAAAUAUUGCUACUCGUAUUGGGUAUUUCUUUGAUAUUUAAGUCAAUGUAAUCUUUAGGUUAUUUAUUUUAUUUCUUGGUGAAAUUUUGUAAAUAGCAGAAUACAACGCUCUUUACUUGAUUCCACCUAUUUUACUAACUUUAUUAAUCUAAUUGAUACCAGCUUAUAGUGUUGUGGCCACGACUAGAAGCUAUGUAAUGUAAUAUAUUAAAUAUUUUAAAAUA